AAUUUGAUAAGCUCACUCGCUAAGUUGUUGGAGGUGCGAGUUAAAUAAUUCAGGCAGUACUAAACAUUAUAGUUAUUACACGAUUCAUAAACUUAAUAUUGGUUGGAACUUCUAUAUUGCUCAGCUUAUCUCUCUUAUCAAGUGCUGAAAGAUUAAAUACAUACGUCUGCUUCCCAGCGUCUACCGGCCAUUGGUCAUCCAGUUGGACAUUGCUCUCUAUAAAAUCGACCAAAUCUUCAGUUAUUGAGUAAUAGUUUUCAGGUACUUGAGGGCUAGAAAUCUUUCGCAGCUAAUCUCAGCUUGGAAAUCGUUCAACAGCUGUCCAUGUUCGCCUCUUCGCUUAAUGGGCGAUAAAACUUCGGCGCACUCGAAAGGGAAAUAUAUACCCAUCCAUGUGAUGACAUGGGGGCUUGGAGCAUAUAUACGAAGAGAUAGCGAUAUAAAGGCGGCGGAAGAGGCUCCGAAAAACAGUCGAGUCUGGAACGUCGCUGGGUUUACACGAACGAGCGAACAGAGGAGCUUUGUAAGCGCACCGCAGUCAAUAUCCCGGAGUUAUCAUGUUGAAGGCGAUUAUUGUCUUAGCCACUAUUCUGGUGGCCGUGGCCUUGGCCACUCAGCCCCUGGAGGAGAACGAGUGGAGUCACCACCUGAACCACAAGCGCCAGUUGUCCCAGCACCACCAUAAGCCACAGGAGGCGAGGCACUCGGCCAAGGAGCACGUCAGCCAUGGCAAGCAGGUGCACCAGGUCGUCUCCCACCUCAAGGAGCACAAAGACCACGCCCAUGGAAAGUCCACCUCCCCCAGGAAGAGCAGGCAGGCCAAUAAGAAGGAGCAGGGCCACAAGAGGAGCCACCAUCAGAAGGAGCACCACAAGCACCAGGAGAGCCACUCCCGGAAAGCCCGAUCCCACUCGGGUGGCAGCCAGCACCACCACAAGAGGCACGCGGGGUCGCGUCGCCACUAGGGGAAACAUAUCACCAGGAUACAUCCUAUUUAAAUUCUAAUUUAUAAACUGUUUUAGAGUCAAGCCCUAUGCAGUAUGCAUUUGUAACAUUCAAUUAAAAUCCAAAAAUAUGGGAAGAACAGAUUUAAAACCAUAUUGUAAACCAAA